UUGGCCAGACUGGUCUUGAACUCCUGACCUCAGGUGAUUCACCCGCCUCGGCCUCCCAUAGUGCUGGGAUUACAGGCGUGAACCACCACGCCUGGCCUAACACAGGUGUCUUUAAUUGGACAAAUGUGGAAACCGACACAUACAUUUGCAGCACUAGACAUUUGGGGAAUUGUCUUUCAGCAAAUUGGCUGCUUCGCAGGUGGACCACUUGGGAAUGUCUGCAGAGGCAAGUGCCCCGUGGUGGCUAGAACAGACAGGGGUUCUUUGUCUCAGGCAGGAAGUCCCAGGUGCACAGUCCAAGCUGGCGGGAUCUGAAGCUGACUGGCCCUCAGCCACACUGUCCUUGCCACAGCAGCCUCCCCUACACUCCUUCUUGUCACAGAUGGUGUCCUCCCUUCCAGGGCUCUUACCGUGUACCGGGCAGGAAGGAGAGAGGAAAGGGCUGACUCCCAGCAAGGGACUUGUGCCUUUUUCUCCCCAGCCAGGACUGUGUCCCAGACCCCUUAGUUGCAAGGGAGCGGCAGUGGAGUGUGUUUUCAGCAGGUCCCAUUGCUGCCUUGAACAAAAUCAGAAUCUGUUGGUGAGGAAAGAGGGGGAUGGGUGUGGGACCGGCAGCUCAGGGGAGGGACAACUUACUCUCAGGACCACGGGGCAGGGGGUGGAGCAGAGAAGACAGAGCCACCUGCAGAGGGGGUCCUGCGGCUGGGCCUCAACCGGCAGUAUGGAAGUGAGUGUCUAAGGUGAGGAGCGUGGCCGUGCAAAGGCCCCAGGGUGGGCAGUGGCAGAUGGUGUGAAGGACAGGAGCAGUGCCAAGGCUAGUACAGGGGUGGAGAGCAGGGGCUGCCCCUUGAUGCCCAAUUUCUUGUCCAGAUGUUCUCUGAGCCAUUGGGAAGGGUGUGGAUGGUGGGAUGGUGUGUCGGUGGCCCCCGUACACACGGGGCCCUGAAGGCUCAGGCAGCAGCUCCUCCAGCCAUGAGUUCUUCAAUGAGGCUGACUUCAUCCAGGGCCACCUGGCCUCAUGCCUUUCACCCACCUCAUCACCCAAGCCAGCCCCGGGAAGGAGCAGAGGGAUCUGGGCUUUCAUUCUCUUCUCAAGGCUGAGGCCCCAGUCCCCGGUCACCCCUCACCCCAGCCUGGGCCAGUGUGGACACCUGUGGUCCUCCUCUUUGGGCCCCUGGAUGUGGAAAUAGUCCUCAGGGCAGGCUCAGUUUCCUUGAGGGGAGGGUGGCAGGAGCCAUGGCUGGGUUUGCAUGCUAGCAGCAGCUGGCACGGAUCGAGCUCUUAGGAUGUGCUGGGCGUGGGCCAAGCCUGCACAUGCAAGAACACACGCAGUCCUCCCUCCAGGGCUUGGAGGAGGCAGGAUUGUUGCUCCCACUUCUUAGAGGAGGACGCUGAGGUUCAGAGAGGCCAAAUGAGUUGUCCAGGGUUUCAGCUAGGAUGCAGAGGGUCGGGGCACCAAAAACCUGUUAAUCCUCCACACUCUGCCACCCGUCCAGGGGCAGCCAGAGGGGAGGCUACAUAAGAGAGAGGGGGUGAGUGAGAACCAGGACAGCGAGGAGGUGACGGUGGAGGUCUGCUUUCAUCUUGACAUGGGCAGUAAGGCGCUGUUCUGGGAGGGUUCUGGGUGUCUUUGGGUCUUGGGUGGUGGCCACCUGGGUGCCAGUCCCAGGCUAAGCCCCAUGGCCCCCAGGUGUGCAGAGGCAGAGUGUGUACUGCUCGGAGCGGCAGACAGGGCCCGUGGACGAGGAGCACUGUGACCCCCUGGGCCGGCCCGAUGACCGCCAGAGGAAGUGCAGCGAGCAGCCCUGCCCUGCCAGGUGGUGGGCAGGUGAGUGGCAGCUGUGCUCCAGCUCCUGUGGGCCUUGGGGCCUCUCCCACCGGGCCGUGCUCUGCAUCCGCAGCGUGGGGCUGGAUGAGCAGAGCGCCCUGGAGCCCCCGGCCUGUGAACACCUUCCCCGGCCCCCUACUGAAACCCCUUGCAACCGCCAUGUGCCCUGUCCGGCCACCUGGGCUGUGGGAAACUGGUCUCAGUGCUCAGUGACAUGUGGGGAGGGCACUCAGCACCGAAAUGUCCUCUGCACCAAUGACACUGGUGUCCCCUGUGACGAGGCCCAGCAGCCAGCCAGAGAAGUCACCUGCUCUCUGCCACCCUGUCGGUGGCCCCUGGACACACUGGGCCCUGAAGGCUCAGGUAGCGGCUCCUCCAGCCACGAGCUCUUCAAUGAGGCUGACUUCAUCCCACGCCACCGGGCCCCACGCCCUUCACCUGUCUCAUCACCCAAGCCAGGCACCAUGGGCAACGCCAUUGAGGAAGAGGCCCUAGAGCUGGACCUGCCGGGGCCCGUGUUUGUGGAUGACUUCUACUACGACUACAAUUUCAUCAACUUCCAUGAAGAUCUGUCCUAUGGGCCCUCUGAGGGGCCUGAUCUAGACCUGGCGGAGACAGGGGAUCAGACGCCCCCACCACACAGUGGUCCUGCUGUGCCCUCCACAGAUAGCCCCGUGCCUGCCACAGAGCCUCCUGCAGUCAAGGAGGAGGGGGCACCGGGACCUUGGUCCCCUAGCCCUUGGCCCAGCCAGGCCGGCCACUCCCCACCCCCACCCUCAGAGCAGACCCCUGGGAACCCUUUGAUCAAUUUCCUGCCUGAAGAAGACGCCCCCAGAGGGGCCCCAGAUCUUGGGCUCCCCAGCCUGCCCUGGCCCAGGGUUUCCAUUGAUGGCCUGCAGACGCCUGCCACCCCUGAGAGCCAAAAUGACUUCCCAGUUGGCAAGGACAGCCAGAGCCAGCUGCCCCCUCCAUGGAGGGACAGGACCAAUGAGGUUUUCAAGGAUGAUGAGGAACCCGAGGGCCGCGGAGCACCCCACCCGCCUCUGAGACCCAGCCCCACGCUGCCCCCUUUGUCCCUGCCCCCUUUGUCCCCUGUCGGCAGUACCCACUCCUCUCCUAGUCCUGAUGUGACAGAGCUAUGGACAGGAGGGACUGUGGCCUGGGAGCCAACUCUGGAGGGUGGCCUGGGGCCUGUGGACAGUGAACUGUGGCCCACUGUUGGGGUGGCUCCUCCCCCUCCUCCCCCCAUAGCCCAUCUGCCAGAGAUGAAGGGCAGGGACAGCCCCCUGGAGCCGAGGACUCCCACCUUCCCAACCCCAGGACCAGGCUUAUGGGACGUGCAGACUGUGGCAGUGUGGGGGACCUUCCUCCCCACAACCCUGACUGGCCUCGGGCACACGCCUGAGCCUGCCCUGAACCCAGGACCCAAGGGCCAGCCUGAGUCCCUCAGCCCUGAGGUGCCCCUGAGCUCUAGGCUACUGUCCACGCCCGCUUGGGACAGCCCCGCCAAAAGCCACAGAACCCCUGAGACCCAGCCGCUGGCUCCCAGCCUGGCUGAAGCCGUCUCCCCUGCGGACCCGUUGGCUGUCAGGAACGCUAGCUGGCAAGCGGGAAACUGGAGCCAGUGCUCCACCACCUGUGGCCUGGGUGCCGUCUGGAGGUCGGUGCGCUGUAGCUCUGGCCGGGAUGAGGACUGCGCCCCCGCUGGCCGGCCCCAGCCUGCCCGCCGCUGCCACCUGCGGCCCUGUGCCACCUGGCACUCAGGCAACUGGAGUAAGUGCUCCCGCAGCUGCGGCGGAGGUUCCUCAGUGCGGGAUGUGCAGUGUGUGGACACACGGGACCUCCGGCUGCUGCGGCCCUUCCAUUGUCAGCCCGGGCCUGCCAAGCCACCUGCGCACAGGCCCUGCGGGGCCCAGCCCUGCCUCAGCUGGUACACCUCUUCCUGGAGGGAGUGCUCCGAGGCCUGUGGCGGUGGUGAGCAGCAGCGUCUGGUGACCUGUCCAGAGCCAGGCCUCUGCGAGGAGGCGCUGAGACCCAACACCACACGGCCCUGCAACACCCACCCCUGCACACAGUGGGUGGUGGGGCCCUGGGGCCAGUGCUCAGCCCCCUGUGGUGGUGGCGUCCAGCGGCGCCUGGUCAAGUGUGUCAACACCCAGACGGGGCUGCCAGAGGAAGACAGCGACCAGUGUGGUCACGAGGCCUGGCCUGAGAGCUCCCGGCCGUGUGGCACCGAGGAUUGUGAGCCCGUCGAGCUUCCCCGCAGCUGUCUGACCUCGGGGGAGUAGAGGGAGCGGCCCUGACCCCUGAUUUGCUGUGUGAACCUGGGUAAGCUCUUUCCCCUCUGGGUCUCAGUCUUCACAGUGAGACCAGGGAUGUCCCUGAGGCUGUGUGAAAACUGGGCCUGGGUGAGUCCCUGUCCCUAGCCCUGGCCUGUCCAUUCCCUGGCCAGAGGAUUGCCUAGAGUGAGCAAUGGAGCCGCAGGAAGGGCCUCCCAGGGCCCUGCUGAUG